AAAUGAAAACGCUAUGCUAAAACCGAAUACCCAUCGGCUAACUUCGGGCCGCUUGCCACCAUUGCUUUUCUUUUUCCUUUCGCCAUAAACAUUCAUUGAGAUGGCCACGGAGAAGAAAACGCACCGUCCCAGGAACUACGACCUCGGGAAUGGGGUCGUCAGAUUUAGCCGUACAAGAGUAUUUCAUAAAAAGGCCCUGUACAAAUUCGUAGGCAAGAAAGUGGUAGCCCAAAAAAAGCCCGCUAAACCUAAAGUAGUCGAGAAGCAAAUUGGCGGUGAGAAAAAUGGUGGAAAACGUUUUGUGCGUGUCGAGAAACGUAGGGCUGUAUAUCCUACCCAAGAUAAAAUUGCCAAAAGACCAGCCAAACAAUUAUUCAAAAACCAUAAAAGGUCAUUGAGGCCAUCAAUCACUCCAGGAACAGUCCUCAUUUUGUUGGCAGGAGGACACAAAGGAAAGAGGGUUGUUUUCCUUAAACAAUUAGCCUCCGGACUUCUCUUGGUAACUGGUCCCUUUGGUAUUAACGCAUGCCCAAUUAGACGUAUCAGCCAAAGGUAUGUUAUUGGAACCCAAACUAAAAUUGACAUCAGUGAAGUGAAACUUCCUGAAACUAUCAAUGACGAUUAUUUCAAAAGACAAAGGCAGAAGAGGGCCAAGAAAGAAGAAGGCGAUAUCUUCCAGAAAAAGAAGGAAGGUUACAAAGUAAGUGACACCAGAAAAGCUGACCAAAAAGUUGUUGACACUCAAGUGCUUGCUGCCAUCAGGAAACAUUCUGACAGGAAAGUACUUUUGGCCUACCUUUCCUCCAUGUUUGGCUUGAGGUCGAGUCAGUACCCCCACAGACUACAAUUUUAAAAAUUUAAGUACUAUAAGCCACAGUUUAUUGGUUAAAU